AUGAAAAUUUUAUUACUACUUUGUCUGGUUGGAUCAUCAGCCGCCCUGUUAGGAAUCGGAUCGACACAAUCGGUAGCGGUUAGCGGCCGACUGAUCUGCAAUGGACAACCUGCCAGCAAUGUGAAAGUCAAACUUUACGAAAAGGAAAACACAUUUGACGUGAACAUGGCCGAGGGAGUCACUAAUCAAAAUGGCGAAUUUCGACUGUCAGGGUCGAAAACCGAAAUAACCACAAUCGACCCAAAAGUUAACAUCUAUCACAAAUGUAACUACAAUGGAAUCUGCUACCGUAAGUUCGGCAUCACAAUCCCAGAUAACUUUGUGAGCAAGGGAGCCAAUCCUCAGAUGACUUACGACAUUGGAACUAUCAAUCUUGCCAACAGAUUCACCGGUGAAACUACUGAUUGUAUAAACUAA